GCUGACACAACGGGUUAGUGCGUCUCUGCACGGUGUAUGGGAUAAACGUGUGUUGGAAAUUUUAUUUUUUUCUUCCUGUUCUUUCCAUUAUAUCGCAAGUUCGUCUUGCUAAAUUAGAAGAUUUAAAUCUGUUUUAAUCGCUUUAAAUCGAUUUAAAUUUGGAUUUUAAUCGUGCAGAUUAAAAAUAGCAGUGCUUAAUCAAGCGCGAUUUUGUGACUCGGCCUAGUGCCAAGAUUUUUUGGGUGACUAAACCUUGCAGUGACUUUAAAAAAUUAUAUUUAAUUAAGAACUGGUGUUAUGCCGGUGGAAUUGGAAUCGAUGGCGCCUAUUGCUCACAAAACCAUUUCUCAUAAUGAAGAAAAGAUGAAUAAGCUGUGCCGUCAACUCUCGAUCGAGAGUCCGAGCGUGACCGGUCGGGAAUGCGUCUUCAGCUUCGACGUACCCGUGCCGGAUGUUCCUGCUCACGGUGCCCGCAUCCGAGUGAUGUGCGCCGGUGCGUGUUAUCAUCCCCGUAGGUCAUCGAGUCUGACCAGCUUGACCUCGGUCUCGAGCGGCAGCAGCCUGGCCGCCGACAUGUCGAUGGAGAGCGACUAUCCGGUAUCCCUGCCGCAUCACGGGGUGCGCGAUGCCGCCCUGUUCCCCGGCUACGAAGUGGCCGGCGUGAUCGAGUCGUUCGGCACCGAGGUGCCCGAGGGUUGCGAACUCGCUGUGGGCGAUCGCGUUAUCCUCUAUCCCUACGACGGUAUUCCGAAUGGCUACGUCGAAUACCUGGUGGUGCACGAUCUCAAGUACCUGAUCAAAAUACCGGAUAGUAUGUCGCUCAGCGUGGCAGCUAUGCUACCAGCUGGUGCUCUCCUCGCUAUGAACACCGUCUUUGCUGCACAUGAACACGUGCAGGCAUUAUUGAAAGAGAGAGGUGAGACCAGUGUGUGCAAGAUUCUAGUAGUUGGCACGGGUGGUCUUGCCUUGUGGGCCCUCAGAAUUGCGUCGUAUCACUUCAGCAACAUGAGAGACAGAGUCACCACCACGAUAGCCACUCUUAAGGAUGACGGUCUCCCUUUAGCUCAAGAGUUCCAACGAGUGAAUGUAGUACAGUGGAACGAAGACCUGUACGAAAAACAGCUGAUCGAGCGCACGAUGGAUGCUUGCGGUGGCCAGGUGGACGUAGUGAUCGACUUCGGCACAACCUCGCGCAAUCUCCAUCGUAGCAUGCAGUGCCUCAGCAAAGGCGGCGUGGUAUUCGUGAUUAAGGAGGUCGCCGAUCGAUUGUUGCCCAAGUUCAGCCGACUAGCCGAAGAUCGGCAUCAAUCCAUCAAACCGGUGGAACUGGGCACCCUGGAACAACUGCAAGAGCUCGUGCAAUUGGUCGGCUCCGGUGAGAUCGAACCACCACCGCACACUGUCUAUCCCGCCGAGGAAGCCCUCGAUGUGGUACAAAAGCUUUGUCAUUCAGAGAUCCAAGGUCGCGCGAUUCUCCGCUUCUAUCCCGCAGAUUAGAAGACUUUUCGCUGAACGAUUCUCCGCGAUCGCGCGGAUUAGGAGACAGAUCCGACGACGACGACCGAAGAGUCAAAAUGCCGGCUCCGGGUGAUGAGAAUUGCACAGUUAGUAUGAUUGAGGCCUGUGCGUUUAAGAAUUUUGAUAUAAAGCUUGACGAGUUGGACUAUCGCGAAGAAGUAGUUAUUAUUUCAUACUAACGACCGGAGUUUAGAUUAGGCGUCGACAAUGCGUACGUCACGCGAGACGAUAGUUCGCAGAUGUAGAAAGAGAAGAAGGAUUAUAAGAAUAGAGGGGAAUUUUUCAUGGAGUGAAAUUCCAAGAAUGAGUUAACUUGAAGAGAUUCAGUCUACUAUAGAUCUCAGAGGAAUCAGGCGAGAAUUUACAGUACAUCAUCUUGUUACGCAUAGUGACACAGUUGAAAAACGAUUUCCCAGUUCUGAUCAAAUGUUAAUUGUUAGCUCUAUAAAUUAUCAUGUUAUAUUAGUAACGACACGAAAUACCGCACCAAUUGUAUUUGACUUUGUUAAGUAUUUCGUAUCGUUUUUUUUAAAGUUGCUAUCAUCUUUAAAAAAAGAUCUCAUCGUAUAAUAUGUGAACCAAAGAGUCUCUUGCGGGAGAUUUUUUUUGUCGCUGGAGAGAUGAAAUAAGGCAGAAUACAGCUUUCACUUAUCAUUGGAAGGACGUCUUUUUAGGCAACGAGCAAUUAGUCUUCGUAGAUAGGCGAAGAUAAUUACGCGUGAAUCGAACUGUGACACAACAGUUCAGAUAACAUAAAAAAAAAAAAAACAGUGUGAAGCCAAAAAAAGAGCAUUAUCAGAAGAGGUGACGCUCUCUAUUUCCUGUUAAUGAAUAUAUCUGCUGAAUAUUUGUUUUUUGACGCAAAACAAGAUCAAGGAUUUACGAUUUAUAUGAGCACGUGAUAAAGAUGUUGAUGAAGCGUGCGGGCGAACAAAAUAUUCUAUCUUUACGGAUCUUUAAACUUCAAUAUGCGUAUAAAGUUUCGGCGCUAUCGUGCUGGAAAUAAAUAAUGCGCCCGAUAAGCUAACUUCAACUUCCGACCUACAUUGAUACUUAUGAGUUUUUUAUUAAAUACCGACAAAGGAUCAUUAUAUUAUAGCUAAUAUGAGUACUUAAAGUCGUUGGUGCCUAGAAAUAGCAAUAGCAAGGAAGGUUAAAUUAGGACGACUUCAAAUAAUCGUAUUAACUAUAUUAUUGUACUACAUUACAGCUAAUAACGCCGCUAUUUAAAGCCGCUGAUGUAUUUAUAAAAAUGUCAACAGCAUGAGGAAAAGAUGAAACAAAUAUUUUUACUUAAAACUAAAAGAAUGACUGUUAGAAAGAUUUUUUUACAUAAACAAAGUUUCUCUCGUUAGUAUCGCUACUACGUGUGCGAUUGUUAAAAAAGGUAUAUAUUUCUUGUCGCGCAUAUACAGAAUAUGUAAUUUCAGACGGAAUUUGGUUAAUUCUUUGUGAGUCUUUGUUUACAUCAAAUAUGUCAUUAAAAAAUCAGCCUUGUUAAACUCUAUAUACGAACAUGACAAGAAGAAUUAUAUGUUAAUAUAUGAAUUCGAUGUAAAUAAAGAAUCUUAGGAUUAGGCAACGCAAUUCAUCGAGUUAAUUAUCCGAUAAGAUCGUGAAUCAGCGAUCUUUAUCUUCAAAUGCACUAUUUAUUUUAAGCGUACUUUUUACAACAUUUUCCGCUAUUUUAAUUAUUGUGCAACGUCGCGACAUGCAUGACGCAUCUUGCAAUUAUUUGAAAUAUAUAAAGUCUACAAUUGUUGUUAAAGACGCAAUUUUUUGAUAAUUAACGCAUCGACGAACACCCCUAAUGCAGUACAAAAUACUGCAAGACCCAAUAAACAAGUCCGAUAUUUAUGAGCACACUUCAAUGCAUAUUGCAGUGAUAUCGCAACACAAGAUCAAAUGUGUAUAUAUUUAGUGUCAAUUCAGAAAUAAUAAUCGGAGAUGACUGUAUAAGCUUAAAAUAAGUUUCCGUUAAGAUAAACUACGGAGUAAAUAUUUGCUCUAUCGCAAAAUGUAAUGUGUUAUAAUGAUCCUAAAAUGACAUAAAACUCGGUAAAUAACCGUGUCUACAAAACUAAGAAGUGAGUAAUCAGAGCGAAGCUGUUUCUUCGUAAGGUUUAACAAAAACGAAAUAAUCGUUUCGUAAAUAAAUCUAGGCUCUAUUCCAAUAUUCUGGAUUAGACAUUAUUAAGAUAAAUAUAAUUCUCUACAAUAUACCUUUUAAUUAAUGGACGCACUUCAUCAGACAUUCUCGUAUUAAAAAUUGAAGUUUAUAUACGUGCUUGUGCAAGUCAAUGACUCGAUAUCGGCAAUAUAUUUAAUUAUGCGCAAGUUUUUUUAAUCAGAAAACAACUGAAUAAGAAAUUUAAAUUUUAAUGCAUUGUCUUUUAUCAUGCCUGAUUUUUCCAGUUAAUCCCUCUUUCAAGGCCUUUCUAGAUCCGCGCAAGAUUAUCAUACCAUAUGUUAAUGCGUUACUUUAUGAUACAUACCAUAUGUUAAUGCGUCACUUUAUGCAAACAUUUGCGUAAAAUGUAUAUUAUUUCGUUAAGAUUGUACUCGAUACAUAUUAAGAUCAUAUUUAAAUCGUAGUUGUGCAAGAGAGUAGUUAUAUGCAAGAGUGCAUUGCGUUUCGAAAAGUAAAGAACGUACGAUGUUAAAUGGCGAGUGAUACUACAUUAAUCCGGAGAUUUAUGCUGAGAUCUUGCUGUUAAAUCUGCCGACGAUUUCGCAAAACUGAACCACGAAAUCGCGGAGAUUCGAGCUUUUAUCAUUAACUCGCACAAUAAGAGCAUAAUAUAAAAGUUUGUAUGUAUUUCAACAUUUAACUCGCGUGAGACGAGUCAAGUUUCAUUAAACAUGUAUAUUCCAAAAUAUCUCGUCGUUUAGAUCAAUAUUUACUUUUCAUUUAAUAUAGGUAAGUCCAGUAAGUUACAACGCGAGCGUGAAUAAUGAUCGCAAUGCAGACGCAAGUCUGCACCUCGAAAGACUGUUUUGUUUAUUUCGAAUGAUAUACUUGGUAUUCUCUUAUUUUGUAUAUUUAGACGACAGUUUAGUCGUAGCACACGUAUCGUGUCACAUUAUUGUACCUACUGUUAAUUGUAAUGAAUUGUAUUAAGGAGAUAAUAUAGCCAAUAUAUUCUCUUUUCUUUUUUAAUAA